CUAAUACUCAAAAGGACACCAACCUGGUCUGCAAAACUCUCUUUUGAACGAGGCCAUUGUGGAUCGUCUUUAAAGAUGUACGAAGAGCUUAACACCGUUCUAUCCGCUGAGCUCGUCAGCCUCUCCCCGAAACAAAAGUUCUUCCUUAGCUUGCUUUUACUCUUUGUCAUUCCCAGUAUCCGCGUUACAAUUUUUAAGUUCUUGCCAUCGAGUUCUAUUAAACACCUCUUUUUAUUCCCUGCAGCACAAGUCUUCGUCGUCGAGUUUCUGUUUCGAUCGCCUAGUAUCUCCGUCAGUCACGUUCUGGUUACUUUUCUAGUUUUGGCCGCUGUCAUUCUCAACAUUACUUAUUUCAAUUAUAUUUUAUUUCAUCAACGGGUGCUACGAGAGUAUGGAAACCAAUCGAACGAGAUUGAAUCGUUUGAGCUCGCAUGGGAAUGUAGUUUUCCUGUAAAUGUAGUCCAGCAAGUUGGCACCAACCUAGUCAUGGUUCUUAUCUGUCGGCAUCUGGGAUACUCGGGUUUAUCUAUCAGUCGAACAAUUUUGCUCGGAUUUGUAUCAAUUUGGACAGAACGAGUUUGCAUUCAACUUGUUUGGUAUUUCGGAAGUCCGCCUGAGAAGAACCCUUAUCGUGUAUUCUUCACUCAUUGGGGUUCUUGCGCCGACAAGGGACAUUGGCUACUGCAACUGGAAGACUGUCGCUACCACAUCAUGAAACGACACGGCAGCUCUACAGCAGACCUAAGUCCGGCACCAAGGAGUGAGCAGGCACAUGCUCCACCUCCACAAGAGUCUUUAUACAUUCCCUUUUGCCAAUAUGGCAUCGUGGGACUCUCAGAUAGGCAUACAUUAGGGCAAUGGGAAGAUUUUAUUCAAAAAUGCAUCCAACCUGGUGGUUAUAAUGUGUCGAAUCAAAGCUGCCAGGAGUAUGUAAUCUUCAACAUGUAUUACUUGUGUUAUCCGCCAUUGUUUAACAUGUCGGACACGAAGAGCUUAGGCCCUAUCAUAUUGGUUGUCUUUCUUUCCUAUGCUCCCUUGUUAUAUAGAUUAUUAUUUCAGAUCUAG